AUCAGAAUGACGGACAUUCUCUGCAAGUGGUUGAACGAGGAUGUCAAGCUCGCGGACAAAAUAGACCCAGCAAAUUUUGCACGGGCUUUUGGUUCCGGUUACUUGCUUGGUGAGCUGAUGAGCAAGUAUGGGUUACAGGAAGAUUUCAAGUCUUUCUCUCCUGGAAAUAACACAGAUGCAAAGUUGAACAAUUUCAGCAGACUUGAACCAAGUCUCCGGCUUCUUCAAGUGCCAUUCAACUCCAAUAUUGUAUCGGAUGUAAUGCGCGAGAAGCCUGGGUCUGUGACGAAGCUUAUGUAUCAGCUCUUCAUCGCCCUAAACCGCAAGGAGCAACAAAACCUGACCAGCCACGCUAUGGAAGCCAUGAAAUCUUCCCAGAAGAUGACACUUGAGACCGCAAAUGCUGAAUUCUAUCAAAAUCGGUUACGUCAGCAGUUCCCCCGACAAGUACAAGUUGACAUGGAGGAGCUCGUUAAAAACUUCGACAAGAAACGGCUGGACAACCUAGAAAAAGCUCUCAAAGCCGAGAGGGCUGAAGAGGAGCAGAGCUACAAGGUUAUGCAGCAUCUGAGACAGCAGAAAAUGGAACGAUCGCGUCAGAUAAUGGUGGAGCAAAGAGAACUGAUUGAAAAGCUUGGCACUUCUCCAAAACCAAGAACAAAAGUGUUCGAUCAAAAAGUGAAGGAAACACAAGAGCUGAGACGAGCUCAGAUUUCAAAGAAAAUAGUCAAGGACACGUACAGAAGUCUGGACGAGUUUGAAGAGAAGCAGAGCAGUGCUUCCGCUCUUAGAACCGGAGCUAUGAUGAACGAUUUUAGUUCGUAUAUUCGUGGAGAGGGAGGACCCAAGGAUACCCAGAUAACCCUAAAAGACAACAGAGCCACAGUCAUGAGAACGGAACAGAAUGCUGAGUACAUCUCCAAGAUUCGCAUGCGGCUGUGUGAUGAUGCACUAGCCAGAAAGGAGCGAGAAAAGAGGAGAAGGAGAGUGCUGGUUGAACAGUUGGCAGCGCACGAAGCUAUCGAGCAAGCCAAACACGAGGACAUGCUCGUCACGUGUCUGAUGAGACAGUCGCAGCUGGAGCGCCGCAUUGCGCUGCAGCUCCUCCAAGUCAGACUGGAGAAGGACGUAAUUAGGAACAACCGGCUCCAGAGGGAGCAGCAGUACAUGCAGCGCCGGUUGAAGGAUUUCGACGAGGCGCUGAACUUAGAGGCGGAGGUGGCGCGCCUGACUAAGCAAGAGUACGAGGAACAGUGUCAGAAGGAGUUAGCACGUCACGAGGCCAUAGCUGCGGAGAACCAAAACGCUAAAUACAUGAAACACUUCAAUAUGUGCAGAGAUACGUUGAUGCAGAUAGUAGAUAUGUCGUGCAUUGCUGGACAGUAUAGAAAUCUCUCCGAACAGCCAAUACCAGUGCAGAUGUGGAGACAGUGGAAGGCACUGUUCGUGGCGGGCAAGCCGUUCUACGAGGACAGAGCAGAAACCCCAGCAGAUAUUGAGGAGGACUCCGAGGCAGUGACUGUUCUGAACGAGUGUGAUAUGAACCAGUACAAAACUCUCGUAGGAGAAUGGGUUCCCCCGGAUGAGCACCCGGAAAUAACCCCUCACAUGCCCUUACAAAACAACUACAUCCUAGGACACAUCCUGAAACGUCUGACUGAUAUUGUGUAUCCACCCUCCAAUCCACCUACACCACCUCAGUUCCCAGAGUUCCCUAUCAAGGCCUGUGUUGUCGGCAAGACUUUCAGUGGGAAAACGUCCGUGCUACAGGCUCUUAGUGCAAAGAAACGGCUCCAAGUGUUAGACAUUGAUAUUCUUGUGAAUGACGCAGUAGCUGCUUUCAACAACAACGAAACAGUUGAAGUGACAGAAAUAGUGGAAGUUGGAGUGGCAGUUCCAGUACCAUCCCAGGGAGAGGUGGCAGGAGAAGGUGGCGCACCACCAGAGGGAGAGAAGAAGGAGGAGGUGGUGGCGAGUGAAGCAGCACCCCCCGCUGAGCAGGCUCCUCCUGCUGAGACUCCUCAGGAGGACGCAGUACCUGGAACUGUCCCCUCACCAGUCCCCACAAUACAAUCAGUGACAAAACAAGUUCCCUCGCCUCGUGCUGUGCUGGGUAAAGCUGUAGAGCAAGCCAUGGGCAAGGGAAAGAGCAUUCCUGUUCAAAUCCUCAUCGACAUAGUGGUCCACGGAAUUCGCGAGGUUCCCGAAGGUACCGGCUGGAUUCUUGACAACUUCCCCAAAACAUUAAAACAAGCGAAAGCUCUGGAAAAAGCCCUGAGCGGUUUCUCCGGUUUUGAGAGCAGAGCCUCGUUCCUGAGUACCCCGCUGUCAGGUGCUAAAGGUAGUGCAGCAGCCACACCCCGGAAUACUCCCUCUCCAGCAAGGGGUGGGAGGAACGGGAAGAAGGGGAAGAAGAACCAGCUGGUUGAGGAGCCGGAUUGUGAUAAACCCACCCCGCUGCCGCCACCCAUCAGUGGUAUCGACGUAAUAGUACACCUGCAAGUUCCGGAUAAAAUAGCGAUAAAGCGGGCGUGUGGGCGGCGCAAGCACAAGAACGGAGAGGAGUACCAUGAGGUGAACCGCCCCCCUCCUGAAGGAAGCUACACUGGAGUCCCUCCUAGUUAUGAUGAGUUCAAUGUUAAGCACAGAGAGGCCGUUUCACCAACCCUUCAGGAGUAUUUCUCCAAAUCACUCGACACUGAGUUCGAAACUAUUGUAACAGACCACUCACCCUCACCAAACACAUUCCUAGAAGAGCUGCCUGCUGAGAACUUUGAGAUGCCUGCUCAGUUGGUUACAUAUCAAGAGGAGUGGCCCAAGAUGGAGAAGUGGUUUGGAAUGUUCAACAAUCUCGUUACAGUUGACGCUCAGCAGCCACUCAGCAACGUGGAAGAGAAAGUAGAAGAUCACUUGAACGAGGUCCUGGAGAAGAAACAGAAGCCUCCAACUCCAGCCCCAGCUCCAGAGGAGAUUCCAGCUCCAGAGGAACCAAUAGAAACCCCCACCAAGACGGAGGAGACUCCUGGCGAGGAGGGUGCUGAACCCGCUACUCCUCCCGAGGGGGUACCAGAAACUAUUCCUGAGGAACCUCCAAAACCUCCUUCACCUAAACCUGGGAGUGAUGAAUGGGCUUAUGUUGACGAACCUAUUCCUCACGAUGCAGCAAACAUUCUGUUUCCUCAAUGGGAACUUGUGGAAGACUCGUAUCUUAAACUUUGUAAACAUACCUUCAAGAAGAUCAGAGAAGAAAGAGAAAUAAUCAUCAGAUACUUUUAUUCUACUAAAAAGAAUUUCGUCGUGUUUUUACAGAGACCCGACAACAAGCAGACUUUCGUGACAAGUUGGGUGAAGAAUUACAACAGUGUAGCUGAAGAUAUGCGUGAGGAUAUGGAAAUGAAGGCAGAACUUCAUCAAACUGUAGAGGAUCUUCAAGAGAGGUUAUGGGACAUUUCUGACAAGAAGAAAAUCGAAGCGGAGGAGGAGAAACAAAGUAUUGUGACGGAACAGUGGCUUGAAGAUCACAUCGGCCUGCUUACCAACCACUACAUUCAGCUUCUACAGGCUGAAGUCGACAGAUACCAAGGAUCGGUUCGUCUGAUCCGGGACUACUAUCAAGUGAGUGGGAAGAAGAUUCUGGAUGAGCCAAGAAAAGAGUUUACAAGAGUAGCACUCGUAGAAUUGCCUCGGACUGACACUCCCCGACCUCCCAGUGAGGAGAAAAAUGAACGCUCAUCUGCUCGGAGUGAUCGAAGCAAGUCAGCAGGGAAAGUUCAAUCAAGCCCCAGUGGAGCGACUCCAGGGCUUCCUGCUGUGGAUUCUGAAGAAAGUGGGGAGCCUGAGAUUCAGAGACGAAUACCGCUGGUCGCACGAAAAGCUCUCGAGCGAGAAACUCCACAAUCAGGCCGGAAGAGUGGUAGACCUCCAAGAGAAACUCCUGACCAAGACUUGGAAGAAGCUCAGAUAGUGGAGGCUUACAUCUCCGCUCUUGCAGUUAUCGAGCAACUCAAACAACCGUCUGAGGAAGAGGCUGCUGCGGAAGCUGGCAAGUCUUCGCGGCAGGGUAAAGCCAAGGGGAAGAAAGAGAAACCGAAGAAAGGCAAGAAGUCAGUCUCUCCGGCAGUCACACCCACUGCCGGCACACCCGUACCUGAACUUACUCCAGAAGAAAUAGCUCGACUGAAGAUGCUGGAGAGAGCUAAUCUGGAGUGCACGUCUGCAUUAUUGGCCGAAGAUAAGGCUCUUAAUCUUAAGCUAUCUGUCGUCAAGCUGAGGGCAAUAAACGUUAUCAAAGACCUAAAAGAACGAGCAUCUAAAAUGUAUGACGUUCAAAACGAUUGGAUUGGGCAGCGAUUCCAGAAAGAAAUGGACAGCAUCAAGACGAUGUGUUUGAUGCUAAGUGACGUGAUAGAGAGUGAGAAAUCUCUCCUGCCUCAAGUAAUUCUGACUGAUGAGAAGUUUGAGGUGGACCUGUCCUACAAGAUGUUCGAACCUCUCGUAACCCCACCUCCAGAUGAGCCUAUUGAGAUGCCAACACCUAAUCUAUUCACUAUCGCUCAGAUACAAGAACUUCACCGGAACUUGAAGGAGGUAGCUCCCUCGGGCUACAUCUCCCUUGACAUGCUGACGGAGAUGUUCGAGCCUCCUUCUUUUCUCCCCGAGAUCUGGCAGAAUGUAACUUACCAACAGCUGGAAGAGCUGUUUUCGAGACACUUGUGUGAGACAAAGUAUAUAAACUGGAGAACGGUUCUGUUGUCCUGUAUCCUUCCAAUACCUCUACCUUCACAAGCUCAACUCAUCAGCACGGCUAAACAGUACAGAACUAUAGAUAAAGAUAACACUGGGAAGAUUGAUAUGGCGGGAUAUGCUCAGGGUGACCUGUGGUUUGGUAAUGAGGAUCUCAUGACACCCGAUGGUACUGCCAAAUUUGACAGACUGGGUUACUUAAAGAUAACCUUGUUCACUCUGUUGUGUGAUGAGAACUACAAGAUUGAAUACACUGACUUCCUCUUGCUGUUUGCAUCUGAUCCUGAACCUGGAAACGGUGCAAUGAAAGCUCUAGCAGUGAUGACCGGAGACGAGGUAGAAUGGCCGACAUACAUUGAAACUCCUGACCCCACCAAAGACUUUGAACAGUCCAGCAGUCACAGCACCACUGGAGCUGUAGAGAACAUGCCUGUACGGGGGUCCCCUAUCACACUGGAGCAACUUCUCAGGGUCAUCUCUUUCAACAGGAUGCCUACUCGAAGUCUCAAACUGGUGCAGGACGAAAUGACGGCAGUGUUCAAAGAGGUACAAGGAGAGGACGGAACAGCUGACGUCAGUACCAUUCUAGUUCACCCUAAGAGUCGGGAUAUUAUCUUGCACACCCCAUCAUAUCUCCUCGUGGACUAUCGCACAUUACUCCUAGAAGCUAUCUCUCAAGACACCAAGUUUGCCGAAAGAGUUUCACAGCCAUUGGUGUAAGGCAGAUGAAGAGCAAAUUAUACAAAUUAAAGCUAUAAUGUUUUGGUGAUUGGAUUUGAAAGAACUGUUUAUGAUUUCUGUGAUGGUUAAAGGAUUCGCAUGAAUUUAUUUUCAAGGUCUUUCGGCCAUUGUUUGUAAAAAUUUUGUAAGCGAGUUUCAUUAUUCGAUCGUGGUAUUGUAAAUGAACUGUAAUAUACGUCUAAGUUAUUAUAAUGUAAGAUCGUAUCAUAAUGAUUCACAGUUUUCUCUUUUUAGAUACAUUUUUUAUUUAACCAAAUUUCUUGUACAAAGAAUACCUUUACAUUGUCAAUAAUUUGUUCAAAAACACAAAUAUGAAAUAUGGGAAAGUUUCUUAUUAUAUAUAAAAUCUGCAAAAUAGUGUGCACUGAAAGUCUGAAAUAGUAUACCCA